AUGAUAUUUGUUCGCUUUCUUCUUCAAAUUCUUGGUAUUUGGUGUAUUAUCUAUUUAAUCAAUCAUCUUCUAUUGCGUUGUCAAGAUACGAAGCGUCCAUAUAUUCGUCUACUUCGUUCAUUAGGUUGUCAUGUAUCAAUAUUUAGUAUUGGUUGUUAUACAACUUCAUUCAAUCGUGUUUUCUAUCGUAUUGGUACAACUAAUUCUCGUUUAUGGAAAAUUUGGUUUACUAUAGGAAUUCUUGUUGCUUUUGCAACAGCUAUGACAGCUUGUUUAACUUUAUUGAUUUUACCUAUCAAAUAUAUAUAUGAAUUACAAAGAAGAUUUCCAUCAAAUAAAGGAUUUACAAUAAGUACAAAUGAUGAUGUUCGAUCAUUUCCAGAAAAGUCUAGUAAACAAAAUGAUGCAAUAGAAGAUGAACGUGAUAAAUUAUUGAUUCAACCUAUAAUUCCCGGUGUUAAUGUACCAUUAGAGCAAAUGCCACAUUUCUUUUUGGCAUUACUUUUAUGUACAAUAUUUCAUGAAUUUGGACAUGCUGUAGCAGCAUCAGCUGAACAAAUUCGUGUAAAUGGUUGUGGAUAUUUUUUAUUCCUUCUUUAUCCAGGUGCUUAUGUUGAUUUACAUCAAGAACAAUUGCAAAUGAUUUCAGCUGUAAGACAAUUGCGAAUUUAUUGUGCUGGUGUUUUUCAUAAUAUGAUCCUAGUUGCCAUUGCUGUUGUAUUUCUUCUUUGGAAUCCUAUUUUUCUUCGAUAUUUUUAUACAGAAGCAGCAACUGUAUCUCGUGUAGCAAAAGAUUCACCAUUACGUAAUCUUUUACCUGUUCAUUCAAUAAUUCAAUCGAUUGAUGCAUGUACAGUAAAUACAUCUAAUGAUUGGUAUCAAUGUUUACGUUCAAUUAAUGAUCAACAUCCACAACAAAGUAGUGGAUAUUGUUUAACACAAACUGAAAUACAACUUCAUUCAAGUCAUAUUGAAUUGAAUCAAUCAAUACAUUCUGAUUGUUGUCAAAAUUUAUCACAAAAAAAUUAUUGUUUUCUUUAUCAUUCCAAACAAUAUCCUGAUAAUAAUGGUGCUUGUAUGGAAGCUCGUAUUGUUACUCAACAUCCAACAUGUUUUAUAAAUAGUGAUUGUCAAAGUUAUAAUAGUGAUUCUUCAUGUGUUCAUCCAUUUUCACACGAUAAUAUUACACGUUUAAUACGUAUUGCUCAUACAAGUGGCCCGACAAUACUUUUUGUUGGUUCAAUUCAUGAAAUUUAUCGAACUAUUAGUAUUCAAUCAUAUAAACCAAAUUAUAUAUAUUUUCCAACAAUGCUUAUUCAUGACAUUCCAUUAUUUUUUCAAUAUCUCGGUGCAUUUUCAUUUGCAUUAGCUUUUUUUAAUGCAGUACCAUGUUAUGCAUUAGAUGGUCAAUAUAUUCUUUCCUCAUUUGUUGAAUAUUUAUCUCCAAGUUUAUUUAAACGUCGUCGUGCAAGUAUUUUACUUGGCUUAAUUUUUGGUACUUGUCUUCUUAUUAUUAAUGUUUCACUUGCUUUUGCUCGUUAUUUUCUUUAA